AAAUCAGUUCAAUAUAUCUUUAUAUCUGUUUACUGCUCUUUCUUCUUUCCCAAUAACUGGAAAAAGAAAAAAAGGCAUUUUAUCUCUCAAUUAACUAUACAGGUUUUAUUAUUAUCUGCACCGCCUUCAUGGAAGAAGCUCAAACGGUUGAACUGCAAACAAGAGUUGUUGGCCAGAACCAAGAUGAAGACAUCCCUUUUACAAAUCAGUCUCAGCCUAAACAUUACAAGUGGUGGAUUCGUGUAAUAAGUUACAUCCUUUUUCUUAUUUCUGGCCAAUCUGCUGCUAUUUUGCUUGGAAGAUUGUAUUUUGAUAAAGGUGGGAACAGUAAAUGGAUGGCAACAUUUGUUCAAUCAGCUGGCUUCCCAAUUUUGCUCCCUUUCUUGUUUUACUUCUCACCGUUUGCUAAAUCUGUCCCCGUGAGUGUUACUUCCGUCCCAAGGCGACCGAAGAUUUCGACCCUUGUUUUUCUCUACUCUGCUUUUGGCUUACUCUUGACGGGUGAUAACUUGAUGUACUCGUAUGGCCUUUUGUACCUUCCGGUCUCGACGUAUUCGCUGCUUUGUGCGACACAGUUGGCCUUCAAUGCUGUUUUUUCCUUCUUCCUUAAUUCCCAAAAGUUCUCUCCUUUUAUACUCAACUCUGUGAUCUUACUUACCAUCUCUGCUUCCCUCCUAGCAGUUAAUUCAGACUCCGAGAAUGCCUCGACGGUCUCCAAAGGGAAGUACGUGAUUGGAUUCCUAUGCACCGUCGGGGCAUCAGCCACCUACUCCUUGUACCUUUCACUGGUGCAAUUGUCAUUUGAAAAGGUUAUAAAAAGAGAGACCUUCUCCGCCGUCCUGGAUAUGCAAAUCUACCCUUCGUUCGUGGCCACCUGUGGGUGUGUGGUCGGGCUAUUUGCGAGCGGAGAAUGGAGAAGUUUGUCCAAGGAAAUGAAGGAAUAUAAAGAAGGAAAAGUAUCCUAUAUGAUGACAUUGAUUUUCACAGCAGUGACAUGGCAGGUUGCAUCAAUAGGUUUGCUGGGAUUGAUAUUUGAAGUAUCAUCUUUGUUCUCCAAUGUGAUUAGUACAUUGACUUCGCCUGUUGUUCCCAUUCUUGCUGUCAUAUUCUUCCAUGAUAAGAUGGAUGGAAUUAAGGCCAUGGCUAUGCUGUUGGCUAUUUGGGGUUUCCUUUCCUACAUUUACCAACAGUACUUGGAUGAUUCUAAAUCCAAGGUGAAGAAGAAGAUGAAGGCAAAUUCCAAUGAAGCUUCUUUGGGUCUUACAGGCCAGGUCUAGAGAUUUCAAUAUGCAUUGAAUUGAGUCUGCAAAUUGAAUGACCAGAUUACAGAUGAGGGCCCAGUAACAACCCUACAUAACCUCUGCUCAAUUGGAUCAAAUCUUAUGUUUUAAGGAUUCAUUCGGAUGGACUGUAUUGAUGAAAGAUAUUUCAUCAAUAACAUAGGAUCAAGUAAAAGAGUGUAGUUUACAAUUUUAUGUUCUUUUUUAGAAUGAAACAAGAAGCUAAUUCGUAGAA